GUGUCGCCAAGAGGCUCCCGUACCACCAGGUGGGUUAGAAACUCUCGUGAAAAACUUCUUCUUAAGAAAAGUAACAGACUUCAUGAAAGACCAGAAAGCGCCCGAGGGGAGACUUUGUGAGUAUUGUAACCAUAAAGAGGCCACUUUCAUGUGCCAAGGUUGUCCAGAAACCAACCAACUGUGUGCUACAUGUCGUGAUAUUCACGACAAAAUUCCGUCUUGUAAGGGCCAUUCGUUUGUACCGCUGUCACAAGUCGACAUCUCAGUUAAGACAGGCAAUAUAAGAGAACAAUUGCGCCACGUAUUAGAUAAAGUUCAUUAUUGCGACAAACACGACGGAGAACCACUGGCAUUCUAUUGUGAAGAGGAUGACACUGUUAUAUGCAGGGAAUGUAUUAUAAAAGUCCACAGCAAACACGAUUUCAAAGAAUUAGGGGAUGUGGUGAAAAUGCAAAGGGAUCAAAUACAAGAGAAGCUAAAACGUCUCCCUACUGAGAAACUGUCUCGUUUUGAGAAGGCGGAGAAUACCAUUGUACGAACUGAAGAGAGGCUGACAGAAAAUCAGACAAAAGUUCUUCAAUUGGCAGAUUCUCAGAAAUUAGCUAUGACGAAGGAGAUAAAUGAAAACAGUAAAGCUAUUGACAUGGAAAUCAACACUUAUUAUCAACAAGUAGAUAAAGACGUACGUCAACAGACGGACGCUUAUUUAACAAAUGUCAAACAGUGUUUAGAAACCUAUCGAAAAGAAAAACAGUCAAAUUACACCAAAAUGAAAAGAACUGUCGAUGACAAAAACAAUAAAAUAAAGGCAGAAGUGAAGGCACUCACCUCCACACAG